ACAAAAUUAUGGAGCCUCAGAGUCCGAAUCUGAAGACAACACCAUCAUUGACUUUAGGAAGAUUUCACAUUUCCGAAGACUAUGGCUUUCUUCUUCCAAGUCCUCUGAGAGAGCUUCCGGAUCAUUAUCGGCCAUGGAUGGAGAUUGCCAACCAACUUCCUCACUUGAUUGAGAGCGGCCAGCUUCGAGCUCAAGUGGAUAAGAUGCCUCUCCUGAGCUGCCAGUUCCUCACGGGUUACCGGGAACAGCGCCUCGCCCACCUGACCCUGAGCUUUAUUACCAUGGGGUAUGUCUGGCAGGAAGGAGAGACCCAGCCCAAAGAGGUUCUGCCAAGAAACCUUGCUCUUCCCUUUGUGGAAGUCUCCAGGAGCGUGGGGCUCCCUCCCAUCCUGACUCACUCAGACUUGGUGCUGGCCAACUGGACGGCUAGGGAUCCAGGAAGACCCCUGGAAAUCAGGAACUUGGACAUCAUUUUCUCACUUCCUGGGGGAGAAAGCCUGCGUGGUUUUAUACUGGUGAUUGUUUUGGUGGAGAACGCAGCAGUGCCUGGGAUUAAGGCCCUGGUUCAGGCAGUGAAUGCCAUCCUGCAGCCCAGCCCGGAAUCCCUGCUCCAAGCCCUGCAGCGUCUGAGGCUCUCCAUCCAGGACAUCAAAGGAGUCUUGGGACAAAUGCACGAUUAUGCAGAUCCAGACGUAUUUUAUGCAGUCAUCCGGGUCUUCUUCUCUGGGUGGAAGGAUAACCCAGCGAUGCCUGCGGGGUUGAUUUAUGAAGGCGUCUCCAACGAGCCCCUGCGAUACUCGGGCGGGAGCACCGCUCAGAGCACAGUGCUCCAGGCCUUUGAUGAGUUCUUAGGCAUUCAUCACAGCGAGGAGAGCGCUGAUUUUCUGCACAAGAUGAGGGACUACAUGCCUCCUUCCCAUAAGGCUUUCAUAGAAGAAAUUCACUCUGCUCCUUCACUGAGGGACCACAUUCUGUCCUCCGGAAAUGGCCAACUUCUGGCAGCCUACAACCAGUGUGUGGAGGCCCUCGUGGCACUGCGCAGCUAUCACAUCGCCAUGGUGACCAAGUACCUCAUCACAGCUGCAGCCAGAGCCAAGGGCAGGAGGCCAAGCCAGCUCCCAGGGCCACCUCGGGCCUUAGAAGAGAGGGGCACAGGCGGAACUGUGGUUCUGAGAUUCCUGAAGAGCGUCAGGGAUAAGACCUUAGAGGCAAUCCUCCACCAAAGCGGUUAAGAGGCUGCCUUCUCCCCAGCAAUGCAAACCCAGCCAAUGCAUGUCUUUCCUAACCCUCUUCCCCACUGGAUAGCAGGUGAGCCUGGAGAAUGAGGGCCAGGGUUCUUCCUGGGAGACUCUCAAAGGGACCUCAGCCCUGUUCACGUCCUUGCUCCAUAGAACAUCUUCUUCUUUGUUGAGAGCUGUUGGUCUUCACAGAGGAGAAUUUUCGCAGCCAGAAACCUUUCCUUCUCUACCUGAUCACUGGUUAACAGCUUCGGAUAUUCCCUCAAUCAGAACCCCCACCGAGGAGCCAGGUGUCUCCCCUAUUCUGUUUGUGAAGUGCUAGAAAAUCAACCUAAAUUUCAACAAAUCAAAUAAAUUUGCUUGUGACAGAUCA